AUGGGGAGGGGCCUGGGCCCAGGAACGUUCGAUCCUCGAGGGGACCUCAGGAGAGGUGGUAGAACACGUGGGAGUCCACAUCGUGAUCCGUCACAUUCAAACAUCGACGAGAGCCAACAACAACAACAACAACAACUACAACAACAUCAGCAACAUCAACAACAACAACAACAACAACACGUGCAACAGCAGGGUAAUCAACAAAUUCAUACGCAACAACAAUCUUAUCAACAAAUGCAUCAUCAACCCCAAAAACCUCCCCAACAGCAAAAACCACUCAAAGGAAUUCCGGCUGUUGUACCUGAUUUUGUCAUACCUAAUAAUAAAGAAUCACCAACUCAACCUCAAACGUCGAGCACUUUCCUUCCUCAGGCACCCAACAUAAUGGGAAAAUUAAGCGAAUUAACAUCUUCCGGUUCGGGAGCUGUUGAAGCAGGAGCGGAUCUUCUUUCAAAAGGAAAAGAACUUAUUUUUAUGAAGUUUGGACUCGGAGGAAAAUAA